AUGAGCAAGAAACCUCCACCGCCACCCGUCCCUGCUGAAGGGGAGGAGAACGAAGAGGAGCCGGGUCCGUUCAGCAACAAGCAGCUGAAGGAAUUCAAGGCGGCGUUCGACACGGUGGACAGAUGGAAGGAGAAGAAGAUACGCAUCAAGGAAAUCGGCAACGCCUUCAAGCUUUUGGGGAUGUUGGCUAGUGAGAAGGAGGUGAACGACAUCUUGGAGCUGUACAAGGAUGAGCAGUACGUGAAUUUUCCCCUUUUCCUGACCAUUCUGGAGCAAAGGUUUGCUGAACACGAUACUGAAGAAGAGGUACGUGAGGCCUUCCGGGUCUUCGACCGGGACAAGACCGGCUACGUUGACGCCAUGGAGAUGAUUGCGCAGCUGACGAACAAAGGUGAGAAGCUGGAGAAGGAGGAGAUCGAGGAGUUAUUGAGGGUCACCAGUCCGGACGAAAAGGGACAGAUAAUGUACGAGAACUUUAUAACCUUCAUUUAUUCCAAACUACGAAAAUUCAUGUAAUUUAUCUUCAUUAUCAAAUCUAAACUGGAAUUGUAAGUGAUUCAUGAAAUUUAAUGUUUCUUUUUUGGAGCAUAAUCUCCGUUAUGGUACGGUAUUUCUCAAGACCUUAAAAAUUAAUUAUUAUUGUUAAUCAAUUAGAUACAAAAGUGCUCUACCGAGUGUAAAAUAUAAUACAAGGUCUUAUAAAAAUGGAAGGUCGAAUAUUUUUUACUUGCAAUAAACUAUUAUACUAA